UCAGUACCUUCUAUAAAGUGUAGUUAUCUUGUACUCUCUACUCUACCUGUAGUCGACUCUUCCUGGGUGAGCGCUGAGGUUGAAGCUUGUCCAGUCCAGUUGAAGUGCAGUCUGGUGCUGGCCGAUAAUCAUUUCGGAACAUAUUGUAAGACGUUUCUGAAGAUGGAUUCAUUCGAAAAUAUGAGCUACAUGUUUGCUGAAUUCUGGACUCCUGUUCGGCAAAGGAACGAGCGUGUGAAGUUAAAGGUUCCCAAGUGGGACAAAUGCAGAUCCAAGAGCGAUUCGAAUAGCCCAUUUCCUGAUAUAUAUUUCGAUACCCAAACGAGAAAGUUCACGAAGGUUAGCGAAAAUGCAUUUCAACGUGAAAGGCAAGAAAACAGCGUAGGCCGAAGUGCAUCUCGUCCCCGGACUCCUCUUCAAGUUCUGAAUAAGUCAGUGGACGUUACAAAAGCUAAUGUUCAAAAGACUACGCCAAGAAUCUGCAUUAGCGAACACUUUACUAAAACUGAAUCGUUGAAUGUUAAUUUAUGCGCUGAACGAACUCCGGCUUCGUCCAGGUCUCGAAAUCUUUCUUCUUGGAGCUCGAGCUACACACCAAGAAGUACUUUAAUAAAUAAACCUAUUGGUAAUAAGACUAACAUCAAGAAAAAGUUUAUCAUAUAUGAUGAAAAUUGUGCUACUACUUCAAAAGAGAAUAAUGAACAGAGUUCAUCAUCAAAUAAUCUUAUUCAAGAUUUGAAUUUGGUCAACAAUUAUUUUGAUGAAAAUUCUCAACAGAAAUUUGUUUUAUCAUCUUAUGAAGGGAAGAAUAAGGAAAAUGUGAAUAACUGUGCUUCUACUCCUUGUAAAACUCAAUCACUUUGCCAAAGCCAAAGGUCUGACAGGAAAAUGACAUCUACUACCAUGAAUACAGAUGGACCUGAUACAUUGCCUCUUGUAGAGAAGAUAGGAGCCCCAUUUUGGGGUGCAGAUGAACGCAGUUUUGAAGACCUUUCUUUGGAAGAUAUUUUUAGAUCUGCAAACAUUUGGGAUAUAAAAGAAAACUACAACUAUCAUUGUUGUUCUAAUGGGACAGAUAGUUUAUUUGAAUCUUGUCCUGAGUUUCAAAUGAUGCAAGAACCAUCUUUACUUAUGGAUUUAGAACCAACAACAAUCGAGGUUCCAUGGAAUGAAAUUUAGAAACUAUCACAGUCACCUGCAUGAAAUUAACUCUAAGUAGCUUGUAAACAGCAACAUUCUUGUAAAGAAAAGAGGAGUUGAAAGCAGGAUCCUCAUGAAAAAUACCUGUUCUCAUGACUGUUUCCUUGAAAGUGCGGGGUUCUUUCUGCUUCAUGGCAAUGGGUAUAGCAUGGAAUUUAGCAAGCUGGGUAAUAACCCUGGUACAAUGAUUUAAAUCUAACCCUUCUCGUUGGUCUCCUAUGCUGUAACCAGCCACUCGCAAAUCGCCUAACAAAAGCAUGGCAGACUCCGCAGCUUCUUCGUCUUCAUCCCCAGACAUUGAAGUACGUGCGCCCAAAAAGGGAGGAAUUAUAUUUAGAACAUUUCUUUCGUGAACACCUCUUUCUUUCUCGAAUUUUGCGUAUGCCGGAUGGACAAGUUUGUAGAAAUUCAUUUCCUUACAGAAACAGACAGGAAAAUUAAACACAGAUUUUAGGAAUUCAGUUGGUGGUGCUAAUUUGGCCAAAAUAUGUAAUGUUUCAGAUUUUGCCGUAUCUAAAUAAGUUACGUCAGCCACUAUUGAAAGUAACAAACUUCCAUAAUUCUUCCCCUUUUCAUUUGCUAUUUUAUAUGAAUAUUGAUUUAGAAUGACAGAAGUCCUUAACCCUCUCUUCAAAAGGUCUUGCAGCUCCUCCUUCCUCACGGCCACUUCGCGUACUUCAUCAGACAUUUCUGCGGUAGAUAUUGCCGACUUGCUGUAAAGAGAGACCAAUUACUUUACCUGAGCUCUUGAAAGCAUUUGAGGCCGCUCCACAAUAGCCCGUGAACGGGAACGCAAAGGAAGUUGAAAGAUGGCCAUGUCAGGCAGGCGUUCACAACACGACGAGGACGCAAAGCUUGACGGGAACGCGAACAGGAACGAUGGUGAACAUUUAUCUUGGCCCGGGAACGGAAAACCUCUCCACCAAUGAAGUGCAGCAAAUGGCGACGUU